AUGGACUUGGACUACCCCUUCCCCAACACCACCACCACCAACGACUCCAUGUGGGACACCUACGACAUCUCCGACCUGGACUCCUUCACGGUGCCACCGGGCCACCGCGCCGUGCUGGCCCUUUACACCCUCAUCUUCCUCAUCGGGGUCAUCGGCAACGGCGCCGUCAUCUGGGUGACGGCCUCCGAGCUGCGCCGCACCGUCAACGGCGUCUGGUUCCUCAACCUCUCCAUGGCCGACCUCUUGUGCUGCUUGGCGCUGCCCUUCUUGGCCCUCCCUUUGGCAUGGGACCACCAUUGGCCAUUGGGCCGCUUUGCCUGCAAGCUCAUCCCAUCCAUCACCAUCCUCAACAUGUUCGCCAGCGUCCUCCUCCUCACGGCCAUCAGCGCCGACCGCUACGCCUUGGUCGCCCGCCCCGUUUGGUGCCACAACCACCGGCGCCCGGCUUUGGCGCGGGCCUUGAGCGCCGGCGCUUGGGCUUUGGCGGCGGCGUUGACGGCGCCGUCCUUCGCCUUCCGCACCGAGCGCCGCGACGCCUUCGCCUUCAAGGCCACGUGCGUCUUGGACUACGCCGCCGUCGCGUCCCGGCACCGACGCUUGGUCGAGGUGCUCACCGCCGGCACCCGCUUUGCGUUGGGUUUCGCCGUGCCCUUCGCCGUCAUCACCGCCUGUUACGGCUCGCUCUUAGCGCGGAUCCGCACCAAAGGCUUCGCCCGCUCUCAACGAGCCACCAAGCUCAUCCUGGUGGUCAUCACCACCUUCUUCACGUGCUGGUUGCCCUACCACGUGGUGGGCAUCAUCUUGGCGUCGUCCCAUCCAAGCAGCGCCUUGUACAAGGGCGCCGCCGACGCCGACGCCGCCGUCACCGGCAUCGCCUACGUCAACAGUUGCGUCAACCCCGUCAUCUACGCGGCCAUGGGGCAGGGCUUCAAGGGGAGGUUGUGGAGGUCCUGGCGGGCGGUGCUGCGGGGGGCGUUGAGCGAUGAGGUCACCGAGGGUAGGGUGAGGAGCAAGGGUACCACCGAGGAGCAGAGCGUCAGCACCAUGGUGUGA